GACAGAUUAUAACAGUGUGCAUGCGUUCGUCCACGUGAACUCUUUGUUGCGUCUGGUGUACAUUUGUGUGUGUCCAUACCGGUCAUGUUUUGACAGCUGCCAAAAUAGUGCAAAAUAGAUGCAAUAAAAAACAUCAAUAGCAGAUAAGUCUGUCGAGAAUGGCAGGGAAAGAUGCAAAGGUGGAAUCAAAAUCAACAGACGUGGUAAGACAAGGAUUUAUGGUUAAACGUUCUCAAAACAAGAAACGUUUCACUCCUGUUAACUACAAGCAACGUUGGUUUGUACUCACACGUCGUCAUCUCGUGUACUAUGAUAGCGAUAGUGAGCGGCGCAAAGAACGAGGUCGUAUUGCGAUUGAAACAGUCCAUGUGGUAGAAACAGCAAAUCUUGGUAAUAAUCCUGGAUGUGGGAGUGGGAAUACAAAAAUAGAUACAACUGGUAAUGACUUAGGUAGUAGCGGAGGUAACGUACCACCAGGACUACCAUUCCAGAUAGGAUAUCGAGAAGCUGGACAAGAGUACACUCUUUAUCUUCUUGCUGCAAGGGAGCAAGAUCGAUCUGAAUGGAUACGUGCUAUCCGUGCUGUUUGCUGUGAAAAUCCAGGUUUAAGCGAUCGUUAUCACUUGGGCUUGUGGAGUGGAAAACGUUGGUCCUGUUGCCGUUUAUUAACGCGGUCUGCCGAAGGUUGCGAUACAUGCAGCUCUUGGUCUAUGAAUGUGACAAACGCUCCAACGUGUCCGCUCCGAACAAUAACUUCUGCCACGGGAAAUGUUACUGCCUCGAUUGUCAAUUCAUCAGCGGAUUCUACAAUUCAAAUGGCAAACGCUGAAACGAACAACAAUCCGAUCAUUCAACCUCAGGCGUGUUCUACAUUUGGUACUCCUUCAACUCCAAUAAUGCCGGGUGGAACUCCUGGUACUCCAUCUUCUAAAAAUAAAGACAAAGUAGUUACAAGGGCCAAGGUUGUGGUGGCUUUGUAUCCUUUUCGUGCAAUAGAAGCUGGAGAUCUUUCUCUUGAAAAGGGUGCGGAAUAUGAGGUAUUAGAUGAUUCCCAAGAACAUUGGUGGAAGGUGAAAGAUGAGCAUGGAUCAAUUGGUUAUAUACCUAGUAACUAUGUGAAAGAAAAAGAACUUUUAGGAUUGCAAAAAUAUGAAUGGUAUGUGGGUGAUAUGUCAAGACAACGAGCGGAAUCUUUAUUGAAACAAGAAGAAAAGGAGGGAUGUUUCGUCGUUCGUAAUUCCUCAACGAAAGGUCUUUAUACACUUUCACUUUAUACAAAAAUUCCACAUCCACAUGUAAAGCACUAUCAUAUAAAGCAAAGUUCACGAGGAGAAUUCUACCUCUCCGAAAAGCAUUGUUGCAGUUCGAUUCCUGAUCUUGUGAAUUACCAUCGACAUAAUAGCGGAGGACUUGCUAGUCGAUUAAAGACGAGCCCUUGCGAUAGACCAGUUCCACCCACCGCCGGCCUCAGUCAUGAUAAAUGGGAAAUAGAUCCGGCAGAAUUACAUUUACUAGAUGAACUAGGCUCCGGUCAAUUUGGAGUGGUACGAAGAGGAAAAUGGCGUGGUUCCAUCGACGUUGCUGUGAAAAUGAUGAAAGAAGGAACUAUGUCUGAAGAUGAUUUUAUAGAAGAAGCAAAAGUUAUGACGAAACUACAGCAUCAAAAUCUCGUCCAAUUGUACGGUGUUUGCAGUAAAGACAGACCGAUAUACAUUGUCACAGAGUAUAUGCGGCAUGGAUCUCUUCUCAACUACCUCCGUCGUCACGAAACCACAUUAGGUGCAAAUGUUGGUCUUUUGCUGGAUAUGUGCAUACAGGUCUGUAAAGGAAUGGCAUAUUUGGAGAGACAUAACUAUAUCCACAGAGACCUUGCAGCACGCAAUUGCUUAGUUGGAUCUGAAAACGUAGUGAAAGUGGCUGAUUUCGGUUUGGCAAGAUAUGUCCUAGAUGAUCAAUAUACCAGUAGCGGGGGUACUAAAUUUCCAAUUAAAUGGGCACCGCCAGAAGUUUUGAACUAUACUCGAUUCAGUUCUAAAUCGGACGUCUGGGCGUAUGGGGUAUUGAUGUGGGAAAUUUUUACCUGUGGAAAAAUGCCUUACGGUCGUCUCAAGAAUACCGAGGUUGUCGACAGAGUUCAACGUGGAAUUAUAUUAGAAAGACCGAAGGCUUGCUUCAAAGAAGUUUAUGAGGUAAUGCGAAAGUGUUGGGCACACUGUCCGGAAGUUCGACCUUCCUUUCGUGUUCUUAAGGAACAGCUCAUUAGCGUUUCUCAAGGCCUUCUCAAUGAUUGACUCAACCUUCUCCGGUGUAUGCGCCUUUCUUCACCCUCUGGCCGAUCAAUACAAUACAUAAAGUCUCCAUCGUCAUUGGAGCAAUCGACUUCCGUUCUAGCAUCCUCUAAUUCAUCGUGCAAUUCUGCGACAUUACCUUCAUCACAUAAAACUCGUGCACCGGCCUCUUUGCCUUCCUCGGUCAACUUCCUUCAUCUAUCAUCGACCAUAUCUAGACCGGAAGAGGAAGAAUCAUCUUCGCAAAGCACGACUCAUCACUUGGCUAGUCAACCAUCCGCAAGUUCGUCUAACGUUUGCGACAUUUGCAGUUCUUAUGGACAUCCGUGGAUAGAACUUUGCAAGGCAAUACGGGCUACUAAAGAUAAAUGAACAUUUUCGUUUAUUUGUAAUAUAAUGACUACACAUCGUUUUUGCUUCAUAAAAUGCUUAAAUACAGGCUGCCCUCUGUUUUUAGUCUUCACAACGAGAAAAUUAGAGUAAAAUUGGAAGGAAAUUGAGGAAGAAAAAUACAAUAAAUAUUAAACAAACAAAAACAAAAAAAAAACAAAAAAAAAGAGUGCGUGUAAAGAUGAGGUUCUAAAAAGCUUCUUUACUGAAAUAUCGCUAUUAAGAAAAGAAUUAGUUGUACGUUUGAAACAUCUUAUAUUACACAAUAAAUGUUUAAGAUAUAA